GCAAAAUUAUUUGUUUCUCUGUUAGGGUCAGACUGAGGCUAUUGUUUAUGCUGAGAGUCGGACAUGGAGGGAUCAUGUGCUCAGUAGCCUUCAAUAGGUGAGAUGGAGGUGGAACUCAAUCCUACAAGUGAAAAAGCUUGUGAAAUUGUGGCGUUGGAAACUCCUUCGGAGGAUGGUUUAGCCGAACCAGAAGAUGAGGAGCGGAUAGUCCCAGCUGCUGGCAUGGUUUUUGACUCUGUCAACAGUGCGCUAGAGUUCUACAAGGGUUACGGGAAGCGGAUGGGUUUUGGAGUUUCAACUAGAAACUCAACAUUAUCUCCGGACGGGACAUAUAAACGGAAAGCAGGGUGCAAAGCAAAAAUGGCAUUAGUACAGACACUGGAUGGAGAUGGGAGUUAUGCGGAAUAUGGUGGUUAUGAAAACAUGGGAUUCAGUGAGAGAGAUUGUAGGAACUAUUUAGACCAACAAAGACGGCUUAGGAUCAUUGAAGGUGAUGGAGAAGCAGUUCGUAGGUACUUUGAGGUAAUGAAAUUCCAAAGUCCCAACUUCUAUAGCAGAAUAGAAGUGGAUUCUGAACGCCGUGUGACCAAUUUGUUUUGGGCGAAUGGAAGGACCCGAGCAACAUACGAAUAUUUCAAUGAUGUUGUUGCCUUCGAUACGACCUACCUCAUGAAUAGAGUGAUUAGAAAGGCAGUGCAGAUAGUAUUCCCUGCUACUAGGCACCACUGGUGUAUGUGGCACAUAAGACAAAAAUUGCCACAAAAGCUUGCAGCUGUGCAAAGGUAUAGGGAGCUUGAGAACACAUUCUCAAGCCUCAUCUACCAUUGCAAUGAUCGAAAUGAGUUUGAACAGAAGUGGCAAGUUAUGAUCGAAGAACAUGAUUUAGUGGAGAACCAAUGGUUGAAGGACAUAUUUGAGGAGCAUGAAAUGUGGGCACCACCAUUUCUAACAUAUCACUUUUGGGCUGGGAUCUCUUCAACACAGCGAAGUGAAGGUCUAAACGCUUUCUUUGAUGGAUUUGUUCAUGGACAAACAACAUUGAAUACUUUUGUGGAACAAUAUGCACUUGCUCAAAGGAGGAAAAUGGAGAAAGAAGCAAAAGCAAAUUUGCAAUCAUAUAAGUCAGUGGUCCAAUGUGUAACUAAAUUGCAUUAUAAGAAACAAUUCCAAGCAGCAUACAUGCAGGCAAAGUUCAUCGAAAUUCAAGAAGAAUUGAAAGACAUGUUGGGAAUAUUUCCGGAGGUAGUUGAGGAAGAAGGUCAAUGCAAAAUUUUUCAGCGUGAAGAAGGAAAUGGUGGGAUGGAAAGGGUCACCUUCCACGCUGAGAAAAUUGAAUUCACCUGCACCUGCAGGUGCUUUCAGUUUAGGGGAAUUGUAUGUCGACAUGCAUUUGUUGUGUUACUCCAACAGCGAGUAAAAAAAGUCAACUCAAUAUACAUUUUGGACCGUUGGCGUAAGGAUAUAACGUGAAGGUAUAAGUAUGAAAAUUUUGUUUCCAUUGCUUAUGACAAAAGGCCAGAAAUGGAAAGGUAUGACGAACUUCGGCAUGUAUUAUUGAAUAUCACUGAGAUUGGGUCUGAAAUCCCAGAAAUGGUGACAUAUGUUAAAAAUAAAGCAAUAGAAAUGGU